UGUUGUGUUCUGCAGUUGGGUAGCAGCUAGCAGUGACCCGACGUAGGUUGGAAUCCUGACGAACUGUCUAAUCGUUGUUUACCGGCUGAUGGUGAAUGAUAACUGAAACUGAAGUUGAGCUAUGCGCUUACGUUAACACUGAGCUACACGAUCUGAAAAUUGUUUUUCGGCUGAUCCUCUGUCUUCUGUAAGAUAUGGCUGGUAGAAGUCUGUUUAGUGUUCUAAGACAAUCCUGCUAUGUUACCAGCUUUCACACUCGUUUCAUCAGCAGUGGGACAUUUAGAUUGAGGGGAGUCCUUCCAAGUGCAGAAAAUUACCAGCAGGGAAAUCCAGUUGUAAAAACUGCUUUCCCAUCAGGUCACCAGACAAUAAAAGUAUUGUUUGACAACCACAAAACAGCUGACUUCAAAACUAUAUGGUUAAGAGACAACUGCAAGUGUCCUCUCUGUGUUCACGAGGAGACUCGUCAGAAACUUUUAGACACUCCCUCGUUGGAUGUGGGUAUUAAGCCCAAGUCUUUGACAGUCACAGACUCUGGAAACCUGGUCAUAUCCUGGCAGGAAAAAGGGCAAGACCACAUUUCAACAUAUGAUUAUAGUUGGUUAUACCGUUAUGGGCAGAGUUUCAUACAUGAAACCUUUGAAUCUGAAUCUGAUGGUCAUCACAUUUCACGCCCUCCAUUAGUCUUGUGGGACAGAACAGAAAUAUGGAAAAAUUUGCCUGAAAUUUCAUACAAUGAAGUAGUCAGCAGUGAAGAAGGACUGCGUUCGUGGCUUGAAAUGUUUUACAAAUAUGGAAUAGCUUUAAUGAGAAAUGUACCACCAGAGCAGGGCCAGCUAGUUGAACUUGUGAAACGAUUUGCAUAUGUGAAAGAGACACAGUAUGGCCUGACCUUUGAUGUAGUCAACGAGCCUGACCCUCAUGCUCAUCCUGCAUUCAGUGGCUUGUACCUGCACCAUCACACUGACAUGAACUAUAGAGAGAAGAGCCCUGGAAUGCAAUUAUUACACUGUCUGAAAGCAACAGAUCCAAAAGAAUUAGGCUGUGAUCCUGGUGGUAUGUCAUUUUUUGUUGAUGGGUUCCGUGUUGCUAAAUGGCUGGAAGACAAUGAGCCUGCAGCGUUUCAUAUUUUAACAUCAACGCCAAUCAGAUUUCAAAUAAAAAACAAGGGGAAACGUUACUCGCAGUUGUGGCCAGUAAUUUGCUUGAACCAAGAUGGCGAUAUUACAGAGAUACAUUACAAUAAUCGAACCAUGGGACCUCUCCAAACACCAUCUCACAUAGUUGUUCCCUUUUACCAUGCCUAUAAGCUUUUCUCCGAUCGAAUGCGUCAAGAAUCAUCAGAACUGCGAUUUCAUUUACUGCCUGGAGAUGUUGUUGCUUUUAACAAUCGUAGAGUUUUGCACGGGCGAACGAGUUUUGAUCCAACAAAAGUUUCAAGGCACUUGGUAGGAUGUUAUGUCGAUAUUGAUGAAGUAACAUCCCUGUAUGAUGCCUUACUUAGCAAGGGGCAACAUGUGCAGUAAUACCAGAACUGUCAAUAGGUAAUAAAACAUUUGCACAGUGUGCAUGACACCUGUAACAUUUUAAUGUAUUUCCUGAAUGUAUCUUUGAAGAUGUAUAUCAUGUCCUGCAACUUGAGAUCCAUUUUCUGCACACCUUGAAAAUUGUGAUAAAAUGGCACACUCCAAAAAGGAUUGGUUUAAAUUUGAAAUUAUGCAUGUUUCUUGUAAUUGCUUUAAUGUUUAUCAACAUAAUAUGUCAACGUAAUAGCACAUAUCUUUUGACGUUAAUCAUAUACAUGUAUUUCAUGUUUAGCAAAUGUCAAACUUCCACAUUGAAUAAUAUUCAUAUAUAACAGCCCUAGAGUACAUAAACUGACAGAAAUUUAUAUUGUCAUGACACUGUUUAUUGUAGUUCAAAGCUUAAAGUCUUACUUGGAUGAGAAAGCUCUAGACAGGGCACUUUGGUUUAUAGAAAUGUUGCACUAUAGAAUUAAAUACAGAAACUGCUAACAAAAACAAAACAGAUUAGGCCAUUUCACAGGUACUGCAGAAUGACCAACUAUCAUGAACGUAUUUGAAUAUAAAUUUCAGGCUUUCUGAAUGACAGAAUUCUUAGUCCUAAUUCUUAAGUUGCAAAGGGAAAACAUCUAGAGUUCACAUUUUAUUUGUUUCUGUGCUGGACUUGCUAUUCUUUCAUCUGUUGUAGGCAGAAAAAAAUGUACUGUCUUGUUGAGUAGUACAAGCAGUUAAGUUUCUUGUUGGAAGUAACAAGUCAGGUUUCAUCAUUAAUUACAGUUAAGCUAUUUGUGAUAUGAAGUGCACACUGUUUAGAUUUUUAGGUAAGAUUCUAAACACAUCAGUGCAAUAUCGAAACACAAAACACUGUUGUCUGUGGAUUGAAUAAUGCUUCAGCAGUUAUGGCACACUUGACAGGUGUAUAUUGUAUUCUGCAGGACAAAUGACAAAUAAUGUGAAUGGAGAAAUUAUACAGUGCUUUUGCCAUGCUUCUGAAAGAGUGAGCAUCAUGUGUCGUGCAUCAGAGUAGACACAAGGUAUGUAACUUUGAGCACACAACAUUCCUGAGAAAUAGUUCCCAAUUUGUUGCCCUGCCCAUCCCCUUUUUCCCUAUGGUUUUAUUGUAUGCUUUUCUUACUUAUAUAUGCUAGGUCGCAAUAUUUCAGCCCUUCAGCUCGACUGUCACAGACAGUGUAAUAAAACGUGUAUCCAAUACAGAUGUUUUCUCAUUGUUCCAACAGUAGAUAAGUAACUAGUAAAUUCAGAAGAAAAGUGACUAUGUAGUGUGCCAAACACUCUUUUAAAAAGUAUGUAUAGAUGUCUGUCAAGUAAUUGUUUAUAUUUUCCACUCAUAUUGUAAACUUCAUAAUUGAGGAGCAUUUUUUUGAAAGCUCGUAAAGCUCAGUUGUUGCUUGUUGCUUGCAGAAUCUGUUGAAACAAUCUUGUCAAAAGAUGAUAUCCACUGCUGUUGUAGGACAUUGACAACUAGGAAUUUUUACAAAACUCAAUAUUUGCUCUCAGCUGAUUAAAGCAAAAGUCAAUAAACGCACUCUGUGCCUCACUUCUGAGGGACCUGAAGAGAGAAUAACAAUGUGGGAGAGAGUUUUCCGGGGGAAAAAAAAAACUAUUGGCAAGCACUUGCUGCCAGAACUAUCAACAGAAAUAAAUUAAUGAUAUACUCCUGAUUAUUGCUCAGUCCAAGCCAGUGUUGCCAGGGAGCAGG